UGUCCGCCACGCGGGGCCUUUGUGUGCGCCGCCCCGCCACGUGCCGUGCCUGACGCCGCGCCCCGCGCUCUCUUCUUCUCCUCCUUCGCUCCCUCCAGCAACGAAGGUUUUGGGAACAGUGAAAUGGUUAACGUACGGAACGGUUACGGCUUCAUCAACAGGAAUGACACCAAGGAAGAUGUGUUUGUCCAUCAGACUGCCAUAAAGAAGAAUAACCCCAGGAAGUACCUCCGCAGCGUAGGAGACGGAGAGACCGUGGAGUUUGAUGUGGUUGAAGGAGAGAAGGGUGCGGAGGCAGCGAACGUGACAGGGCCUGGUGGCGUUCCAGUGCAAGGCAGCAAAUACGCAGCAGACCGUAACCAUUACAGACGAUAUCCGGUCGCAGGGGUCCUCCACGCAACUACCAGCAAAACUAAGAACAGUGAGAGUGGGGAGAAGAACGAAGGAGCAGAGAACAUCCCGGAAGGCCAAGCCCAGCAGCGCCGUCCCUAUCGCAGGCGGCGGUACCCACCUUACUACAUGCGUAGGCCCUACGGGCGUCGACCACAAUAUUCCAACCCUCCCGUGCAGGGAGAGAUAGUGGAGGGUGCUGACAACCAAGGUGCAGGAGAGCAAGGCAGACCAGUCAGGCAGAACAUGUAUCGAGGUUACAGACCACGAUUCCGCAGGGGUCCUCCUCGUCAAAGACAGCCUAGAGAGGAUGGAAACGAAGAAGAUAAAGAGAACCAAGGGGAUGAGACCCAAGGUCAGCAGCCACCUCAACGUCGGUACCGUCGUAACUUCAACUACAGACGCAGACGCCCAGAGAACCCUAAACCACAAGAUGGCAAAGAGACGAAGACAGCCGAACCACCAGCUGAGAACACGUCCGCUCCCGAGGCCGAGCAGGCGGGGCUGAGUAAAUACCGGCUUAACAUCUCUACCAUCAUCCGGUUUAGUCAUCAAAGAAAAGACUUAAGAAAUGAAGAAGAAAAGAAAAUGAAAUUCCAGCAAUAAGAAAUGAACAAAAGAAUUGGAACUGAAGACCUUAAGUGCUUGCUUUUUGCUGUUGACCAGAUUACUAGAACUAUCUGCAUUAUCUAUGCAGCAUGGGGUUUUUAUUAUUUUUACCUAAAGAAGUCUCCUUUUGGAAACAAUAAACACGUUUUUUAAAAGUCUGUUUUUUCUCAAUACACCUUUAAAGGUUUUUAAAUUGUUUCAUAUCUGGUCAAGUUGAGAUUUUUAAGAACCUCAUUUUUAAUUUGUAUGAAAAGUACGCCUGAUUUUUUCAAGUCAAACUGCAAGCAUCUGUUAAUAAAGGUCUUAAAGUUAA